AUGGCGCCUGCAAUUGCGCAAGUUGAAUGCUUCGGCGAUGGCACCAAGGGCAGUCCGCACUACCGUUCUGCGCGAGACUUGCACAAACGUGGCAUCUGGAUCGGCUAUCUGGAUGAUCACAAGAAAAAGUUCGAGGACAUGCCAUCUUUCCAAGAGCUCAUCAAGCGUUACAAAGGCAGUGUGACGCCAUUUCCAGAACCUACCGUGGGAGCGAGCGGCAACACGAGCUAUGCCGUCUGCAAUGGUUGUCACAUUAAUGGCGAAGACACACGCCUGAUUAAGGUCCUGCACCUUCCUUUCACCAACAAGAAGAACAAGGUCUUGAUCAUGCCUCUCGAGGACGACAACAGCAACCGCUUGUUUUGCAUCUUGCAAACCGAAACUUUCGAGCGGAAGUUCACGAAGUACACAUUCUGGCAGGUUGAAGGAGGAUGCUCAAGCUACAUCUCUCUUCUCGGAACUACAGCAUCCAACCAGAGAAAGGGCACACUCGACGAGAUACGGGCCCUUCGUGUCAACAAUAGCCAGCGAGAAGAAGUCGACCAAGCCGAUGCUGCUCCAAAGACAAAAGCCCCAAACAAACCGUCAAACAAGCGCAGCCGUGAGGCGGCUCGCGAAGACACAGGCCCAUCCAAGAGGAAGAUUACAACACCUGCAAACGGGAGCUCUGACGGUCCUAGGUUAACUUCCAGCUCAACUCUACGCCAAGAUGAAGCGGAGCUCGAUCGGUUCGUUGCUGCUAUUGGCAGUGCCAGCCAGGCUAAGCCAGCGGAGCCAGUCCGACGCGCGAUUCGAAGCUCUGGACCUCUGCCUGCGAUUGACGCCAGCACUACAUCGUCUAAACCUCACACCCCAAAUUGGUCUCAUGCCGCAACGGUGGGUUAUCAGGGUGAGGCUGACUCCGAGCCGUCAGAUGGGCUCUCCAAAGCCCAAGCCCGACGAAUCCGAUUCUCGUGGACGUUCAAUGCCGAUGGCCGUGAAGGCCAAAUCGUGCUCUGCUUAGCCGACUGCCCGAACUCGAAGCGAUUCCUUGAGCUCCUUGAAGAAGAGGCGAAUCAAGAGCAGGCGACUAAGGACAUCCAUGCCAAGGCGAAAAGCUGGUGGGUGGACCGGACGGAGGUUUUGGAAGGCGGAAAAAAGGAGACUAAGGGCCUACGAAUUACGCCCUCAAAUGAGGCAUCGACCGAUGUAGCCUUCAGAUUGACUCUGGAGGAGAUUGCAAAGUCCAGACACUGGGAAUCUGGCAAGGGGGACUAUACGGUGGUUCUGAACCCGAUCAUCUAA